ACGUUCCAAAACAUUUCUUGAGAAUCUCCAAAAAGAACUUUUUGGGGGAUUUUGAAGCACUUGUGGGGCGCUAAAUUUCAUUACAAACAUGUCGAAAUCUUCCUCAGAGCGAAUAACAUCAGCUUUGCGGGAUUUUCAUUCCGGAAAGAACAUCAGCAGCCCAAGGAAGCUGACAAAGAGAAAAUCCUCCAAGGAUAUUUCAACAAAGCUCACAGAAAAUUCCCCACCAGCUAAGAAACGUCUCUCAGACGAUUGGCUGCACGUCUUUGCCCCGAAGAAGGUGGAAGAUCUCGCAGUUCACGCCAAUAAAAUCCAAGAAGUUGAGAAAUGGCUCGAUGGGGAGCCGGCAAAGAUGAAAAAUCCCCUCCUCCUACUCACAGGACCAGCGGGAUGCGGGAAGACAGCUGUGGUUAAAGUCCUGGCGGAGCAGAAGAACUUCGAAGUGUGCGAAUGGAUCUCUCCGGAGGAUACGUGCAAACAAUACCGGGAUGCUGAUGAUGAAGGGAUGGAGAUUCGUGAAACACAAUCGGAGAAAUUCCGUGAAUUCCUCUUCAAAGCUUCCCGGUAUAAAUCUCUCUUUGCCAAGUCCAACAAAAGGCUCAUUCUCGUGGAGGAUUUCCCGAAUUUCCUCCUGAGAGACAAUCAAAUCUUCCUCAGUAUCCUCGACUCGUGGAAAAUCUACGGGAAGUGCCCACUAAUCUUCAUAGCAACAGAGACAAAGAGCAAAGAACUGAAUAUUUCUGUGAAUCUCUUCCCGGAUUCCGUGAGGAGCACCUAUGGGAUCUCCAGUAUUAGUUUCAAUCCCAUUUCAGCGACACUCAUGAAGAAGGCCCUGCUGAGGAUAACCAACGCCCUGAAGCAGGAGGAAUACAGCAAGAUCUACAAACAACCCGCCCAGGAAGUUGUGGAGGGUAUCACAUCCUCAGCCAUGGGGGACAUUCGGAAUGCCAUUCUCAAUCUUCAAUUUGUCUCUCAGAGAGACGCAACAGUAAAGAUUAACAUUGAAGCCACAAAGGCGCCAAAGAAAUCCAAGGGCAAGUCAAGCAAAUCCUCAUCUGGAACCACCAAGAGGCUAAAGACCGUUGGUCGUGAUGAAACAAUCACCCUCAUGCACGCCAUGGGAAGAGUUUUCAAUCCAAAAUAUGAGGAUGGCGUGUUGACGCACAAUCCCGAAGAAUUGGCUGAAGAUUUUUCAACGCAGCCACACAAUUUUAUUGCAUUCAUUCACGCAAAUUACCUCCAACACGGUGGAAAUGUGGAAGAUUGCGCAGAAAUUGCGGAAAAUCUGAGUUUUAGUGAGUAUUUGAGUAGAGAAUGGCGCUGCGAUGACAUCCCCGUGAUGGCACUGAUUGUUGCCACGCGUGGGACAAUGGUGCUCAAUGCUACACCUGUUUCCGGAUGGAUUCCCUGCAGAGGACCCCGGAAGAUUAAUCCAAUUAGCAGCCACGAACAGCACGAGAAGAUCUUCAAUUUGGGCUAUGAAGGAUUCCAUUCAAUGGCCACAACUGCUGCAGAUCUCAUUCAGUACGCCACAAUCAUUGGAAAGGAUCAAGAGACAAUCAGGAGGGAAUUAAAAGAAGCUGAUUACGAUGAAAUUGUGAUAGUUUGAUUUUUUUUUCUUCUUUUAUUUAUGAUGGAUGGACCUUAAUAAUAAUUAGAGAACGUUGAUUUUGGUAUACAAUAAUGGCAAUGAUUUCUCUUUAAUUAAAUAAUAAAUUAUACAAAACUAAUAAUAUCAAUUAGCGA